CGCUCGUGGCCCUUGAAAGCGACGGCGGAGCUGGAAGCGGCCUUGGGGGUUCCCGGGGGUCUCGCCCGCGGCCCCGGAAAGGGGGUCACCGAGCCGAUGGCAGGGUCUGCGGCCCCUGUGGGUGCCCCGCGCACGUCGGAGAAGCGGUGUCCGGCCGUCCGGCUGCGGAGGGGCGGCCCCUGAUUGCGCCGGCAGCGCUUUCCGCUUUGCGAGAGGCACCGCGCCGUCGCCCGCCGAGCGUUUGCUGCAGACGACGAGGGGGUGUGUGUGCGCCCCUGCCCCGGGCUCGCGUCCACUCGGACCGCACCUUGGGCAGGAAUCCAGACGGGCGCCUGCCCUCCCGGAGCCGGCGUGGCGCUGGGGGAGAGAUUGGCCGCGGGCGAGCGACCCCUGCUCCGUGACAGGGGCGAUGAAGACGAGGAGGGGCUGCGACCGCAGGGGCAAGAUGAGUCUGUUUGGAACCACCUCGGGCUUUGGGACCAGCGGGACCAGCAUGUUCGGCAGCACGACGACCGAUAACCACAACCCCAUGAAGGACAUCGAGGUGACGUCUUCUCCCGACGACAGCGUGGGCUGCCUGUCCUUCAGCCCGCCGACCUUGCCGGGGAACUUCCUCAUCGCGGGGUCGUGGGCCAAUGACGUCCGCUGCUGGGAGGUUCAGGACAGCGGGCAGACCAUCCCGAAAGCCCAGCAGAUGCACACCGGGCCGGUCCUCGACGUCUGCUGGAGUGACGACGGGAGCAAAGUGUUCACCGCAUCUUGUGAUAAAACUGCCAAAAUGUGGGACCUCAACAGCAAUCAGGCAAUUCAGAUCGCACAGCACGAUGCUCCUGUUAAAACCAUACACUGGAUCAAAGCCCCCAACUACAGCUGCGUGAUGACCGGGAGCUGGGACAAGACCCUGAAGUUCUGGGAUACGCGGUCGUCAAACCCUAUGAUGGUUCUGCAGCUCCCCGAGAGGUGUUACUGUGCGGACGUGAUCUACCCGAUGGCCGUGGUGGCGACCGCGGAGAGGGGCCUGAUUGUGUACCAGCUGGAGAACCAGCCUUCCGAGUUCCGGAGGAUAGAGUCCCCGCUGAAACACCAGCAUCGAUGUGUGGCUAUUUUUAAAGACAAACAGAACAAGCCAACUGGAUUUGCUCUGGGCAGUAUUGAGGGGCGAGUUGCUAUUCACUACAUCAACCCUCCGAAUCCUGCCAAAGACAACUUCACCUUUAAGUGUCAUCGCUCCAACGGGACCAACACGUCAGCGCCUCAGGACAUCUACGCGGUCAAUGGCAUCGCGUUCCAUCCCGUUCACGGCACCCUGGCCACCGUGGGGUCUGACGGCCGCUUCAGCUUCUGGGACAAGGAUGCCAGAACAAAACUCAAAACUUCAGAGCAGUUAGACCAGCCGAUAGCAGCCUGCGGCUUCAACCACAACGGCAACAUCUUCGCCUACGCCUCCAGCUACGACUGGUCCAAGGUGAGGGGCCGUGAGGCGGGGCCUCGGGCAGGUCCAAGGUGAGGGGCCGAGAGGCGGCUCAGGUCCCCAGGCAGGUCUAAGGUGAGGGCCGUGAGGCGGGGCCUCGGGCAGGUCCAAGGUGAGGGGCCGAGAGGCGGGGCCUCGGGCAGGUCCAAGGUGAGGGGCCGAGAGGCGGCUCAGGUCCCCAGGCAGGUCCAAGGUAAGGGGCGUGAGGCAGGUCAUUGUCACUUCGCUGUCGAGAAAGUCAGGCCUUCUUGCAGGGCUGUGGGGUUCAGUGCCGCCCUGGGCGGAGGCAGCGCACGGAGGCUUGGAUGAGCUUGGCUGUCCUGGCGCGCAGGCAGACCAGGCUGGUGCAUGUGGUUGUUGGGAGCACACGAGGGGCGGUGGGGGGAGCCCGGCCUGGAGCUGGGGAGCACGGUUGUUUCCUGUUCGGACAGGAAGGCGGCACCGACAGGGCCUCCAGUGUGAUGGCAAAACAUGCGGCUCGUGGACGUGGUCAGACGGCAGCCUGGAGGGUUUGCUGUCCCCCGGCUGCACGCCUCCGUGAUGUUUGUGGCUUUGUCUCUCUUGCCACGUGCCCUGUGCCCUGUGCCCUGCUGUGGGAGGUUGCCGAGGUCACCGGCUGUGUCCUGCUCAUCUCUGUACGUGCCCGCCUUCUGCCCACCUGCACGGAGUCCCUCGCUCGCUCUGCCCACGGGAGCCGGUGACUCUGGUUCCUGACUGACUCCUGGCUCCGUCCCCACCUCAGCAGGGAAGCAGCACCUCAGUGCCCUGGUGACCUUAACUCCAGGGGGACUGUCCCUCCCUCCCUCCCUCACCCCGGGCUUGCUGCCUCCCGAUCCCUCUGCGUUCACUGGGAGUCCCGAGUCUGGAGUCGGCUUCAUCCCCUCUCCAGAGGGUGGGGGAGGGGAGGGCAGCGCCCGGUUCUGUUCCCACGGGCUCGCCGCACCGGGUAACGCAAGCCCGUUCCUGCACCGGCCUCCGAGUGCCCGCUCUCCCCGGAGCCCUGCUGCUCUCAUUUCCUGAAAGUGUGAGCCACUCGGCUGAGGUGCAGCUGAAAUGCAGUGAAUUGUUGAGAACACAGUUUGAGCCUGGCGUUGUGGCGCAGCCGGUCGGCCUGCAGCCUGCAGCUCGGCGUCCCCUGUGAACGUCCCUUUGAGCCCCGGCUGCUCCACUUCCGAUCCAGCUCCCCGCUAAUGCACCUGGGAAAGCAGCGGAAAGUGGCCCCGGUGCUGGCGCCCCCUUGUGGGAGACCUGGGAGUGCUCCAGGUUGUUGGCUUCAGCCUGGCCCAGCCCCAGGGCAGCCAUCCAGGAGUGCUCCAGCAGGUGGCAGCUCUUCCUUCUCUAACUCUGUCCUUCAAAUGAACGAAUAAAUCCUUAAAGAUUCAAUAAAACACCCAGUCUGGGGACAGGUGUACAACGGGUUAAAGCACUGCCUGGGAUCCCCCCCACCCCGUAGGUGACGUGAGCACACACUUGCAGGUAGAGUGCACAUCUGGUGCGUUUAGCAGCUGUAGGUCGCCGGGACCGUGAACAGUCAGGAGAACCCUCCGCUCCCCAGAGCUUCGUGCAUCCCGCUCGGGUCCUCCCGCUCACUGCCAAUUCGUGUGCGGGCUCCAGGCCCCUCCUGGGACUCCCUCCGCCCCACCCGCGGCUGUUGCCCGGCUUGAUGAAUGAGGUUCACGUCACUUCUCAGCAAACCCUCGAGUCCUGUGGGCAUGCCUGUCGGGGGAGUGAACGCAGAGUGCGCCCCGCCUCCUCCCAGCCUGCUCCACACCUGAGGCUCCCCACUCACCCCUCCCCACUCGGCCGACCACGCCCCUGGACCGCUUGGACUUGCUGUCAUUCCUUCUCCCCGCGGGCCCGAGUCUGACCACAGCCCCUCUCGCUGGCCGCCUCCUGCCAUAUUGCAGAGCCCCUCUACCCGACCAGGCGCAGGCCGGCGCUUCAGCUGCGGGGGCCCCUCUGGGCACGGCACGGGCACGUGCUGCAGACGGGCAGACGGGUUGGGUGUCUCCUGUGACUGCUCAGAUCGGGGAUCCCAGGGCCAUCGACUCGGGGCUCAGUGCCUAAGGUCACUGGGCUUGUUUUCCUCCCCCAGGGACAUGAGUUCUAUAAUCCCCAGAAGAAAAAUUACAUCUUCCUGCGCAA